GCUGACGCGGUGCGGCUCGUGUGGACGCAGACAGCUGAGGAUGGAGCAGAGAGGGAGAAGCUCUCUGAAAUAGCCCCUCGCAGCUUCUCCGCGGCUCUCCUCCUUCUUCUCCCGCCUCAGCCCGGUGGAUCGGUGUGUUUGUGGGCCGCCUGUCAGCGGGGGAAAGCGACGAGAGAAGCCCGUGAACCCCCCCCCCCCCCCUCUGAUCAGACACCUCCACCCCCCCACCCCUCCGGAGAGACACCAUGGAAGAAGACGACCACGUUCCUGAGGACCUGUCCCUGGAGGAGAGGGACGAGCUGUCAAACAUCCGACGCAGGAAGAGGGAGCUGCUCGACGACAUUGAGAAGCUGAAGUUGGAGAUAGCAGAGGUGAUGACGGAGAUCGAGCAGCUGACGUGUGUCGGAGAAACUAAAUCAUCGCAGAGAAACAAACAGAUCGCCAUGGGCAGGAAGAAGUUCAACAUGGACCCAAAGAAGGGAAUCCAGUUCCUGCUGGAGAACGACCUGCUCCAACACACGCCGGAGGACAUCGCUCAGUUCCUCUACAAAGGCGAGGGCCUCAACAAGACCGUCAUCGGAGACUACCUGGGGGAGCGGGACGACUUCAACAUCAAGGUGCUGCAGGCUUUCGUGGAGCUGCAUGAGUUUGCAGACCUCAACCUCGUCCAAGCGCUACGCCAGUUCCUGUGGAGUUUCCGCCUGCCGGGCGAAGCCCAGAAGAUCGACCGCAUGAUGGAAGCGUUCGCCUCGCGCUACUGCCAGUGCAACCCGGGGGUCUUCCAGUCCACAGAUACCUGCUACGUGCUGUCAUUUGCUAUUAUCAUGCUGAACACCAGCCUCCAUAACCCCAACGUCAGGGACAAGCCCCCCGUGGAGCGCUUCAUCUCCAUGAACAGGGGCAUCAACGAAGGGGGAGAUCUUCCAGAGGAGCUCCUCAGGAACCUCUACGACAGCAUCAAAAACGAACCCUUCAAAAUCCCAGAAGAUGACGGCAACGACCUGACGCACACGUUCUUCAACCCCGACAGAGAAGGCUGGCUCCUGAAGCUCGGCGGCCGGGUGAAGACGUGGAAGAGACGCUGGUUCAUCCUCACCGACAACUGCCUCUAUUACUUUGAAUACACAACGGAUAAAGAACCUCGGGGGAUUAUUCCUCUGGAGAACCUCAGCAUCCGAGAGGUGGACGAGCCCCGGAAGCCUAACUGCUUCGAGCUCUACAACCCCGGCCACAAAGGUCAGGUGAUCAAGGCCUGCAAGACGGAGGCGGACGGGCGGGUUGUCGAGGGCAACCACGUGGUGUACAGGAUAUCGGCCCCCACGCCGGAGGAGAAGGAGGAGUGGAUCAAAUCCAUCAAAGCGAGCAUCAGCAGGGAUCCUUUCUACGACAUGCUGGCCACCAGGAAGCGGAGGAUAGCCAAUAAGAAAUGACCAGCACCGCCUCCAACAACAACAACAACAACCCUUUAAUGAGCCAAACGAAUGAGGACUGAAGCCAUGACUGAACCAAUGGGGGGGGGGACUUUGCUUAGUGUGGCUGUGACGACAUCGCCCCCUGCUGGACAAACAAGGAAGUAGAUCAGUCCUCAUGUCCUCCAAGGGGACAGUUGGCGUUUUAUCUUCAGCAGAAGAUACAAGAACAACAACGUUUUGUAACUUGAGAUGUUAGAAUCAGCUGGUCUGAUUGUACACACAUGCACCCCCGGUGUGGUGACCAUGUGACGCGUUGUCAUCUUCUUAUGUAUUGAAAAUCCACCUCCGUGUUGAAGUUCAUCUUUUUGAAUUUAUUUUCUUAAUUUAACAAAAGAAAGCCCCCCGGUU